UAUUUGUGUACUUAAUUCUCCGACCAUGAACGAGCACAACACUUCAAGUGGAUGCGACUUGAAGGAGGCUUGCAGCAUUAGGGAUCAAAUCGAACUGCCCAGCAAUAACAAAGUGGACGACGAUGAGCCAUUCACAAUGGUCAACUUGAAUCACAAUACGCACUCAUCUCUUCAAUGCAUUGAGGGAUAUUCGUCAGAUCUGUUCAAGGCUGGCCCCUGCAUUACCCAGUAUAGUGAGCGCAUUGUCGAGGAAAUAUUGAACGCGAUCUUUGCGGAGCGACGGGGACAUUUUCCUGAGACAUCGUCGAGCUGUGACAUUCCCAAAUUCGAGGAGCUCAAGCAAAGGGACUCUGUAUCGCAUGUGGACAAGCGACUGCAGUACUGGCAUGAUAUGCUGCAGACGCGUCGUAAGAUGCAGAAUCGAGUCGAAAUCGAGACCGGCAAGAGCCCCGAGCAGGUGCUCUUCAAUCGUUCCUCGACGCUGGACAAUCGCAACAAGGAGACGGUCAAGCGACUCAUGAGCUACGCCGAGCGUGUCAAGCCCGCCAACCUGGCCAAGAAGCAUGUCAGUGCUCUGACAGAGCGCGAAGACCCCUGCACCUGCAGGCUGAUGGAACCCGUGCCCGAGACCUGGCCACAGCCCGAGCUGCGAGGUGAGCAAAAUGUCGAGAUCAUCGGACUGCCGGCAGUUGUGCAGGAGGAGCUGUUGGGCUCUGACGCUGCCCGCUACCAGCUACGAAGCUGGAAUUGGAUGAACUCCCCGGUGCUAGACGAGCGCAUCGAUGAGCAAUUCAGUGACAUAACCAAGGUGGUGGAAUUCUUUCCCGACCUGCAGCAGCUACAGGUGAAGGGCAUCAGCAUAAACAAGCUGCAGUCUCAGCCAAAAGUCAAGAUGGUCGGCGAGGAGAGCAUUCAUUCAGUGUCCACCAGCACCGAUAAGUCCUGUACAGCUGAGGAUCAAAUGUUGUGCGAUGACUGGACGGAGCCGACGAUAACCGAGUUCGAGGCAGAGCCAGAGCCGCCAGAGCUGGCGCUCAAAGUGAAUGGCAAGGAGUAUAUUGUGUGCGAGAAGCCUUUCACCGACUGCUUCGAAAUACUCACGAAGUUCACAUGCGAGCCGUAUCAGCGUCGCAUUAAGCAUGUGCUCAAGCUCCAGAACAUCGGCAAGCAGACUCUCUCGUUUCGCUGGUCGCAGGGCAUCUACUACUACAAUCGCGGCUCCCUGCUGCUGGCCAAGGACAAUGAGUUCUUCUUCGACACGGACAACUUUCGACUGACGCCCAAUCAGUGCUAUAACCUGAUUGUGUUGUACCAGCCCCGGAAGGUGAGCAUGGCCGUUGAGCUGUGGCGUCUGCAGGUCGAGCCGCGCAUCUUCUGCGGGCAUCACGAGUCGAUGCAGUUGCGCUUCCAUGGCCGAUGCACCCCGCCCAAGGAGUACUUGGCCCGGCUGCGGGAGCUGCACUGCAAAACGAUUUGCUUUGCCAACACGGUUGUGAUGAACGAGCUGACGGGACACCUGGGCGGUUUGGUGCCGUUGAUUGAGCCGCCGCCCGCGUGUUGUCCCUAUGAGCGCGCCCUCGAUGAGCGCGAGACGUUCAACUCGUUGAAUCCGGGCUACAACUGCAAGCGCUUCGACGAUCUGGAGGUGCUCAAGGGCAUGCACAAGCUUUUGAAGAAGCCACGGGAAAAGCCCUGGGACUUGCGCUUGGAGACCAUCAAGAUGCUGAUCAUGCGCAUUGAGAACACAGCCGAGCGCGAGAAAAUGUUUCAAAACCUGAUGAUCUUGCAGGAGCCGCUGUUGGGCGCAGCGCCGAGCAUGGACAUGGCCUCGCGCAUAGUUGAGCAGAAACAGCGCACCAGAUACAUUUAUGUACGCGGUGCCAUAUGCAAUUGCAUCGAGGAAUGGGAGGAUCUUGUCUUUAUUGUCGAGGAGUCUUUCUACAAGCCCGAAUUGCAACGCUAUUACAUGCACCUACUGGAGGGGGGCGAAGAGGAGGAGGAGGACAAUGAGUAUGCGGACCCAAUUGCGCCCAAGGCGGAGCCAGAUCCGACUGACAAAAUCAAGCUCAUUCCCGACAUCGAUCUCACUGAAAUCGUCUUCGAUGAGAAGGUCAACGCUGCGGUCAUGAGGAAGCUACAUCGAUCCAAAUACUUUCGCGAUGCUCUCUAUAUACAGACCUAUUCGCAUUUGUGCAAUAUUGCCGAGGACAUUGUUUCGGUCAUUGAGAGCACUGAACUGGUGCCGACCUAAGGCCGAUGGUCAGUCAUUUUGUUUUAUUUUAAU